AUGUCUCCUUCAAGUACCAAGGUUGCCGCUGGUGGCUCCUUUCACACUUUUCAGGGCAUCAUUCCAAAGAAGCAGCCAGCUGCUUCCAGCAAUGCAAGACCCAGGGUUGCAGGCACACGGCGCAUAACGACUCCUCAUGCCUGUACCGAGUGUAAACGAAGAAAGAUCCGCUGCGAUGGCAAGCUACCAUGUGGCCAAUGCAUCACCAGCCGGGCUCCAAAGAGCUGCUCUUACGAUAAACACCGUCAACGAAUGAUUCCAUCCAGAAAAGCUUUGGAUAGCCUAGCACAAUCACUUGAGGAGUGUCGCUCGGUGCUUCGGCGGCUAUACCCAGAUCAUGAUGUUUCGGCACUGCGCACCAUGGACAAACAGGAGCUGAUUAACCUCCUGGCUCAAUCUCAAUGCCCGCUUGGCGAUCCUCUUCCAUCGCCACCUCUUGAGGCGUCGUUCCCCAAGAAUGGUUCAUCUAUGAUGGGCUCCGAUUCUCUUUUGGAACUUCAAUCUUCCCUCGAAGCUGAUCUUGACUCACUUAUCGGGGAGCUUGAGUUUGAAGUACCAACCGAGCAACUCGACAACAACGACGGAACAAAUUACCUGGCACAACAGUCCUGGUGGGAUUACGGCUCGAGGCAAUGGAACUCACUACCAGUGCCAGCCAUGAUGGAGGGCCAGCCAUAUGGGCAUGAAAUGGUCACUCCAGGGCAACACUCCAUGUAUGCGGAUGAGCGUGGAAUUUACGGCUCACUUGAGAUGAGGUGA